AUGUCCAACGAGAACGCCCCCGAGAUGGAGUACCGCUUCCUCGGCCGCUCUGGCCUGCAGGUCUCGGCAAUCUCGCUGGGAGGAUGGCUGACCUAUGGCGGCCACGUCGACAGAGAGGGAACCUACGCCUGCAUGAAGGCAGCAUAUGACGAGGGUGUCAACUUCUUCGACUGCGCCGAGGCGUAUGCCGGGGGCGAGUCCGAGAAGGUCAUGGGCGAGGCGAUCCGAAAGUACGGCUGGAAGCGCAAUGACAUUGUCGUUUCUACAAAGCUCUACUGGGGAGGCGCCUAUGGCACCAACAAGGUCAACAACGUCGGCCUGUCGCGCAAGCACAUCGUCGAGGGCAUGAACAUGGCCCUCGAGCGCCUGCAGCUCGACUACGUCGACCUCAUCUACGCCCACCGGCCCGACAGGCACACCCCGAUGGAGGAGACGGUGCGCGCCUUCAACCACCUCAUCGACACGGGCAAGGCGCUGUACUGGGGCACCUCGGAGUGGAACGCCGACGAGAUCGCGCAGGCCUGGCGCUACGCCGACAAGCUCGGCCUCGUCGGCCCCGUCAUGGAGCAGCCGCUGUACAACAUGAUCGACCGCACCAAGGUCGAGCAGGAGUUCGCGCACCUGUACCGCGAGGUCGGCCUCGGCCUGACCGUCUUCUCGCCCAUGAAGCAGGGCAUCCUGUCGGGCAAGUACAAGGACGGCAUCCCCGACGACUCGCGCUUCGCGCAGACCCAGGUCGAGUUCAUCGCCGGCUACUGGAAGCGCACCGGCAAGGAGCAGUGGGACGGCGUCGUCGACAAGGUCAACCGCCUGCAGCCCAUCGCCGACCGCCUCGGCGUCAAGAUGGGCGUCCUGGCCCUCGCCUGGGUCCUCAGCAACAAGAACGUCAGCUCGGCCAUCACGGGCGCCAGCAGCCCCGACCAGGUCAAGGAGAACGUCAAGGCCGUCCAGGUCUACAAGAAGCUGACACCCGAGAUCCUGGCCGAGAUCGACGAGAUCCUCAACAACAAGCCUCCCGCCAUCACCAUGCGCUACUGA